GGCGGGGCCGGAAGCGGCGGCGGCGGGGCCGAAUUCGGCGGCGCCACGUCUGGGCUCGGGGCCUCCCCCCGGCUCCUUCCUCCCUCCUCCUCCUCCGCCGGCCCCGGCCCCGCCGCUCCCUUCCCUUCACCUGAGGGAGGCUUCGGCGGCGCCAUGUCGGACUUAGGCGACUGGUUCCGGAGCAUCCCGCUCAUCACCCGCUACUGGUUCGCCGGCUCCAUCGCGGUGCCGCUGGUCGGCAAGCUGGGCCUCGUCAGCCCCGUCUACCUCUUCCUGUGGCCCGACGCCUUCAUCAACCGCUUCCAGAUCUGGCGGCCGAUAACUGCAACUUUCUUCUUCCCAGUGGGACCCGGGACAGGUUUUCUCUACUUGGUGAAUUUGUAUUUCCUGUACCAAUAUUCAUCACGAUUAGAAACAGGGGCUUUUGAUGGAAGGCCAGCAGAUUACAUGUUCAUGCUCCUGUUCAACUGGAUCUGCAUUGUUAUAACUGGCUUGGCCAUGGACAUGCAGUUGCUGAUGAUUCCACUCAUCAUGUCAGUACUUUACGUAUGGGCCCAGCUGAACAGAGACAUGAUCGUAUCGUUUUGGUUUGGAACAAGAUUUAAGGCCUGUUACCUUCCAUGGGUUAUCCUGGGAUUCAACUACAUCAUUGGUGGAUCAGUCAUCAAUGAGCUGAUAGGAAAUCUGGUUGGACACCUGUAUUUCUUCUUAAUGUUCAAAUACCCGAUGGAUUUGGGAGGAAGGAAUUUUCUGUCCACACCUCAGUUCUUGUACCGCUGGCUGCCAAACAGGAGAGGAGGAGUGUCGGGCUUUGGUGUCCCACCUGCUAGCAUGAGAAGAGCUGCAGAAGAUCAGCAGGGUGGUGGAAGACACAACUGGGGCCAAGGUUUCCGGCUAGGUGACCAGUGAAAAACAUCUGCCCUUGGGAAACAGCAACUCCUUGUUUUUAAUUGCUUCUAGGACUGAUCCUUCCUGGUGCAGAGCUUGCUAAAGAACUGAGCUCUCUGUAGUGCUGUUGGAUAUAACCGAUUGGGAAGAAUUUUUCUAGUGCAAGAGAAAAUUACAAAGUCCAGAAGGGAAAAAAUGUAGAUCUUACUCCAGGUUGUCCAGUAGUAUCCAGUUUGAUUCUGCCAUUAAAAAAAAAAAGCUGCCUUUGUACAGUAUUGUCUGUCUGUCACAACAGGCAUCCAUUUUGCCAUCUCCUUCUGUGAUGCGAUGGAGCAAGCUAACCAUGUUCUGUCCCACCUGGUAAUUAAAAGCUUAAGCUGCGGAGUAGAAGUAAGAAUCUGGUGUAUGGCAGUUGGAUCAAACUAACCCCAGUGUUUAGGAAGCUGACUUUUUCGUAGCUGUGCUGAAGUCCCAGGGUCUUUGGAAACAUUACUUAAGCGAUAUUUCUGUGCCGUGUUCAUAAAGUAAAGUACAAAUGUUUUAUUUCCAUGAUUAAGCUAUAUUUCCAGAGCAGUUUUUUCUUGCCAUGCAUCAUUUGUCCAACCUGCUACAGCACGGGAUGGGCAAGACUAAGGAAAAGAGGGCUUUCGUUUGAUAUGGCAAUAACAGAUACUCAGAACUGAAAUGAUAAAUUCUUCAUGUCAUGUACAGGGCUUGCUCUACUUAAAUUGAAGCUGUCUGGAUUGUUUUCUUCCUGAGAUCUUUGAAUUCUUGGCUUCAAGGUUUCUGUUUUGAUUGUAAAAUUGGAUAGCACAAAUAGUAAUUUACAGCUAGAAAAUGUAACAUAUCAUUGUGGUUAAAGGGUUCUGACUACAGCAUUAUGUUUAUAUUAACUGAAUCUACGACUUUCUCUUAAAAGCUUUAAGACAUCAAAGAAUCAAAGCUGGAAAUAAACUUUUCCAGGUUCAAGAUAAAAUAGAACAGAUUUUUUUUUUACUACAGGACUCUCACUGGUGAAUGAGAAACUAUGUACACUAUUUAUUAGCAUCUGUAUUUUUCUUGUAAAGCUUUUUGACAUGGAGAGGGAAAUGAUUCUGUGCAGGUUUCCUAGUACUGGGUUCCUGUGGGCAGAGCACAGGGCUGAGAUCCAGGAAGCUGUAACGCUAGCUAGUUACUGACUCACUGUAUGAAUUCGAGCAAACUUAUUACUUAUCUCAGUUUUCCCAGUUAUAAGGAGGACUCGUGCAUGUCUCUUAGGAUUCUUAAAAAAGAAAAAAAAAAAAGUAACCAUCCCUCAACUUCCCUGGGUGGGAGCUGCUAGUGAAAAUGGAAGGCUUAGGUUCAUGUGAUUGACACUUAAGCUAAGUUGGAAUAUGGUUGCCCAUUUUUUUUUUUAUAGGAGGAAAAAGCACCGUCACUAGGAUGAGAUUCAAGUCUUUGAAUUUCCCUUUUGCUUUUUGUCUUUCUUUUUACUGGGUGGGUAGGGCACAGCAGGCUGUUCUGCCCCAACAUAGGUAUCUCAGGUAUUGAUAAGUAGGUGAAGUGAAUCUGGGCCAGAACGCUUUUAUUACUCCUUUUUUUUUUUUUCCUUCACUAAACGUGGCUAAUGAAGGUUGAUAAACUUGUAAAUACUUCUUGAUGUGAAACUGGGUGGAAAAUCAGCAGUCAGACUGGAAGUCUUCAGUUGGCUUGCUUGCAAAAUAUGCAUGCUCCGUGUCAUUGUUGCAGCUCCCUUUUGUUGAUCUGGCUUGUGGACAAAUGUGGAAAACUGGUGAUGACCACAGUGAGUGCUUAGAUUGUACAGGAGCGUGGAGUUCAGAGAGAACUUGCUAUUUCUGUCCAUUCAGUGAUAAGUUUUGAAGAUGUUCUCAUCUCCGUCUGUCUCUGUAGAAAACAGUGGGUGGAAAAGAGGACUUCAGUGUUGUAAAUACUAAUUUGUUGUUGACCGGCACCUGCUACUUGAUGGCCAACUCGAAAAGUUUCCGAACCAUCAGUUUUAGAGGAGUCCCGGUGCAACUGGUCUUUUUAGUCAUAAAAUAUCACUGCCUCCACACCUGUAUUACCUUGUCUUCAUUUCGUCUUCGUUUUGAGUCAGGACCUAACUGCAAAGUGAAGAUGCAGUAGCCUGUGACUCAGCUGAAACUCCGGUACACUCACCUUGCACAGCUCCUUUGUUACAGAAGGAAGGCAUGAGUGGGAGGAAGCACGGCAAAAGUCCUUGUCCUGGCCAUAUGCGGUGUGCUGGGUCUUGCUUUGUUAGUGCAUCCUCCCUCUAUAAAUUAAGAGGGAAAGGAUUUGUGAGGAAAAUUGGCUUCUGGUAAGUCCUGGUUUGCUUUGAGCCGCUUCAAGUCAAUUUACAUUGCUGUAUGGAAGAUUCACUGUAGAAUUCCAUAUUAUAAAUUCACUUUGUUCGUUUCUCACCUGUCAUUUGACCUGAAGCACUAUUUGUCCUCCAACGUACACUGACAGCGGCAGUCUCUUGCUAAACGAGUACCUCCUUUCUUAUUUUGUACAGAUAAUUUCCCUUUUUGUAAUCACUUUUUGUUGGCAAAGUUUUAAAUUAAAGUUUUAAUCUGU